AAACACAGUAGAGCCUCCUCUCUCUUCUUGACUUGAAUUUUACCGAAAACCAGAGCACAAAAGCAAAGACAGGAGAGAGAGAUACAUGUCAACGAACACCAACACCACUACUUCCCCAUCGUUCUUCAACUCCCCUAUUCAUACCCUUAAUUUAUAUAUUUAAGUUACUACAUAUAAAUAAUACAAUUAAAUUAGAUAUAGUUGGUGAAUUUCUUAGUACAUAAUCUUCUGGUGAAGGGGAAGCUUUUGUUGUUGUUGUUGUUGUUGUUGUCUUUGGGUGUGGUCUAUUAGUCGUUGGGCUUUCAUUAUCUCAUUUAGAUCAAUUGGUUACUUCCUAAAUUUUGACUCUAAUUCAAGCAAACCUAUUUGGCUUCUUUCUUCAUUUCCAUGUAUCUUUAACCUUGAGCUUUUCUACUCUAAAUGGGUUUCUUCCUAUUGUCUCCGAUUCUUGGUUUUCGAUUGUAUCAACUAAGCUCCGAGGUCAAAAUUUUCUGGGUUUGAUUAUUAUUAUUUUUAUUUUGUCUGUUGGGGAUGGUAUGCGCGGAUUCUGAUAUGGUGGCCAAGAGAUAUUUGGGUUUUGGGUUCUUUUCCAAGAGGAGAUUAGGUUUAUUGAACUGGGUCGUCUUUGGAUUUUGGCUUGCGUUACUGCUUUUGCAGCCGGUGGCUAGUGUCAGACCCUUGCGAGAGAGAGCUCGUUCCUGGGGCGAUGAGUGGUUAUUUGUAAGAAAAGAUGAAAGUGACUUGGGUCCAUUUUCUGCAUGGAAUAUAACUGGAACUUAUAGAGGGAAUUGGAAGUUUCUAGAUUCUGCAAAUAGCUCUUCCAAAUUUCCUGAUUUCAGGAAAUCCUCGGGCAAUUCUGUAAUUGAGUUAGUUAGUACACCUACAAAAAUAACCGGUGUACAUUAUGUGCAGGGAAUAAUUAUUUUUCAAGAUGUAUUUGACAAUGAAAACAGUGUUAAUGGUGUUCAAAUCAGAGUGGAAGGCGUAUAUAUAUGGCCAUUUAGACAACUUCGAAUAGUAGCUAACAGUCCAAAAGAUGGAGAAUCAAACCAAGAAGAGGACUACAUGUUAUCUAAUCCAUAUCAUUUGCUUGGAGUUUUCUCAUCUCAGGUGUUCCAAGAUUCUCCACGGGAUAAAAUGUGGAGGAAGAAACAUUCACCAAUUUAUGAAAUGGAGAAACAUUGCAACAUCGAAAUUGCAGCCCAGAUUUCACGAGUCCCAUCCGCCCAAAAUGAUGGGGAUCGUGAUCGGUUUCAUAUAGAAGGAUUGAUGGAGAGUCCUGCAGUGGAUGAUGAUGGGGACUGCUUCUCACCCUUAUUGUUGAAUGCGUCUUCUGUCAACAUUGAGGUCUACUAUAAUAAGGCAGUGAAUUAUACCUUGAUGGUCACUUUUGUUUCAUUUCUUCAAGUUCUGCUGUUGAUUCGGCAAAUGGAACAUAGCAACACUCAAUCUGGAGCUGCCAAAGUUUCAAUUCUAAUGAUUGGCCAACAGGCUAUCAUGGAUGCUUAUCUUUGCUUGAUACAUCUAACAGCAGGAAUACUUGUUGCCUUCGAUUGGAGAAAUUUGUCUAAGAAUGCUAAUGGCGGUCUUGGCCCUGAAUCAGAAGAGUCCUUGUUCAAUGCCUUUGCAACGGCUGCUUUUUUCAAGUUUGUAGUCUUCUCAAUUUUUGAGAUGAGAUAUCUCCUUGCUAUAUGGAAGGCAAAUAGGCCCAUGAAUAAUGGAGAAGGUUGGGAGACAAUGAGGCGUGAGCUUUCAGUUCUAUAUAGCCGAUUUUAUGGAAUACUUUUAGGAGGCAUUCUGAUUAUGUACGAGUUUCAUAAUUUUCUGAGGCCUAUUCUUCUCCUUAUGUACUGCUUUUGGAUACCUCAAAUCGUCACCAAUGUCAUUCGUGAUUCAAGAAAACCUUUACAUCCACAUUAUGUCAUAGGCGUGACUGUUACUCGGCUUGCAGUUCCAUUAUAUAUAUUUGGCUGCCCGAACAAUUUCAUGCGCAUUGAACCUGACCAGAGUUGGUGUAUUUGUUUGGUUGUUUUUAUUGGACUUCAAUCUGCAAUUCUUCUUCUUCAGCACUAUCUUGGAUCUCGGUGGUUCAUUCCUCGUCAGAUUCUACCUGAGAAAUACAGCUACUAUAGAAGGUUCGAUCAAAAUACAAGUAAUGCUACAGACUGUGUCAUUUGCAUGACAGCCAUCGAUCUCAUGCAACGUUCAAAUGAUUGCAUGGUAACACCUUGUGAUCAUUUCUUCCAUUCUGGUUGUUUACAAAGGUGGAUGGAUGUAAAGAUGGAGUGCCCAACUUGUCGGCGUCCACUACCGCCGGCCUGAACCUGGCUCCUUCUUCUAUGUCCAUAUUUUAGGAUCAACUGACAUACCGAACUCACUAAUUUUGGUAAAACGCUGGAUGGCAUGCAAGAAAGACUCUUUAGUAACUAGCACUCAAUAUGUCACUGCUCCUAUAUUUCUUUUUUGAACUUGGGAGGGCUUUUUUUUUUUCUUUUCUUGGAAUACCACUUUCUGAUUUUACAGAAGUGAUUUUUAUAGUCUACUUGUAUCAUGAAUUUUGUACAUAAUUGGUAUAUAAUUUGUUCAAUCGAAAACAUUUUUUUUUUUGUUAGUGUAA